CUGAACUUUCAGAUACCUUAUUUGGCACUGCGAGAACUGAGCAAACUGCGCACAUUGGAUCUGGAGAGUAAUAACAUCACAGAAAUUACUAAUAAUCCUGAAGUUGAAUUUACUUCCGAAAUUGAACUGAAAUUGAGCAAUAAUCGAAUCAAGCAUAUUUAUGACAAUGCUUUUGACAGCUUCCAAAAAUUUAGCCGCUUGGAUCUGAGCUAUAAUCAGAUUUCAACAAUUUCUGGAAAUGCUUUCGGUACAAUCAGCCAGAUGCGACAAAUAGACCUCAGUUACAAUCGAAUUGUACAUAUACCGGCUGGGACAUUCAAAAACGUAGCGAAGUCGUUGCAAUGGAUGAAUCUUGAGGAGAACCAAUUGCAUCAGCUACCAAGCGCCAUUCAACAGCUCGAUAACAACACAAUCAGCAACCUAAAGCCGGCGCUAACGGAACUUCUUCUGGCAUUCAACCGCCUGACGGAGAUACCGACCCAUGCUCUCAACGAAAUGAGUCGUUUGCGUCAUCUCGAUUUAUCAAAAAAUCGCAUUCACUCACUGAAACGAUUAGCCUUCGGGAAAUUCGAUGGCACUGGUACAAGUCUGUUGAAGCUGAAUCUGGCAGGCAACCUCAUUGAAAACAUUACCGAUCCGGGAUCUUUCCUGUAUAUGAGUUCGUUGACAUAUUUGGACUUAUCACACAAUCGUAUAAGCUAUCUCAGUGAUAAUAACAACCAACUCACGGAGUUCCCAAGCAGUGCUCUGGCCAAUCUGAGGCGACUGCGCUAUUUGCUGCUGGACGAUAACCCGAUCAGAGCACUGCCUGAUUCAGCUAUUCAAAGCCUUACGCAUCUCGAACGAUUAAGCUUAGGUGGCACACAGCUCCAGCAAAUCACCGAACAAACAUUCGCUGCCGAAGUGGCACAAAAUUUACGCUCGUUGAACCUCGCAUUCGGUCAUAUCAAUUACAUUUCCAGUCGAGCAUUCAGCAAAAUGGACAGUCUGGAACAGCUGGCACUCAACAACAACAAACUGGCAAUCAUCCAUUCACACACAUUUUCAUCGCUGAGGAGCCUGCGCCAGCUUAAUUUAGCGGACAAUGAAAUCAAUGCAACUGAAGAGCGAUCAAUCAGCGAUAUUCCAACCCUGAAGCACCUAUCUCUGGCCAGAAAUCGCCUUCGGUAUUUACGUAAGGCAACGUUUGUUAAUCUGAACAACUUGGAGCAGCUGGAUUUGAGUAGCAAUCAUCUGCAGGCAUUCGCCUUCACAUUCCUCGCACAGAGUUUGGUGAAUCUCAAGCAACUCGAUCUGUCCCACAACCGCAUCAUCACAGUUGAUCUGAACGCGGCUAAGCGAACGCUUGUGUACCUCGACCUGGCGCAUAAUCAAUUGCAAUCUAUCGGGAAGAACAUGUUCGAUGAUUUCAAUCAACUCAGAAUCCUCAAACUAGGCCACAAUGAAUUAAUCGAAGUGCAAAGUAAUGCCUUUUUGACGUGCCCGCAGCUCAGUGAACUUGAUUUAUCGCACAAUCAUCUCAGGAUAAUACACAAAGGGACUUUUGCUAACCAGAAAGCCUAUGAAAGCCUUAAACUGCGGCACAAUGUAAUAAUCAGUUUGGAUACGGAUACUUUUGGAGUUGAUAAUGUCCAGAAGCUUGAUCUUGCUUAUAAUGAACUUAAGAAAAUCCCACGGCAUGCAUUCAGUUCGGUGCGCAACAGCAUCACCGUUCUCGACCUCAGAGGCAAUCGAAUUCGCUCGAUUGAUACGAAUGAUUUCGAUGGAAUGGGUAAUUUAACGGAGUUGAUACUGGCUGAUAAUCACAUCGAAACAAUCGAGGAAGCGGCUUUUUCAAAAAUGCAGAAACUGAUGAAAUUGGAUCUCAGCCAUAACCCGAUCACAUCCUGGAAUCCACAUGCCUUUCAGGAUCUAAGCAGCACAAUCGAAGCAUUAAAUCUUGCAAGUACAGGUUUAUUUUCACUGCCGAGAAUAGAUAAUCGCGGGCUUCGUCAGCUUAACAUAAGCAACAACAAAAUUCAUGGGCUGAGCGCCGCAGAUUUUCUUCACCAUCGUAAACUAACAACGCUUGAUAUUUCACACAACAGCCUCAAGGAAAUCGACCCAGAAAUUUUUGUUGGGCUAGUGGAACUGAAGCAUCUGAACAUCUGUGGAAAUCUGAUUGUCAAAUUCACCGACAAACACCUUCAGGCCCUAUAUUACCUGGAAAUGCUGAACCUCUGUGACAUGAACAUGCUGCUUCGUCUCCCUGAACCACAUUCGUUUCGAAGCCUACGUCAUCUGCGAGAUCUUCACAUUUACAACCUUCCACGUGUGCAUGCUUACAACAUAUCGGAUAUCCUCAAGCAUCUGCCUCCACUGCGAACACUAACAGUGGAAAUCAGGGAGCCGCGGCUCAGGACACAACUGUACAGUGCUGAUCUCCGACUGCUGCGCAAAAUUGUUAUCACUGGCAGGCAAUUACUUAAAAUUGACACGGGCGCAUUCGCGCAUUUACGAGGCUACAAAAUCGACCUAACAAUACGCGAUACGUCAAUCGAUGUGUUUCCCGCUGCUGUGUUCAAUACAUUAACCGCUGUUAGCUUUCUAUCACUGUCACUGCACAACAAUCGCCUACAAACGUUUGAACCAUUCCCGCACACAAAACCACCGGUACUCAACCAGCACGGUACCAUACUACACACUUUACACAUAACGAGUGUAAACGCAGCAGCGCAGGAGCAGCCCCUCAACGAGUCAUACUGUGCUGAUCAAGCAGGUGGAGGCUCAACACUCAACCAAGCAUACACGACAGCAAACCACAUUCUGUGUAAUAAAGAUAGUGCUACUGCGAGUCAUUCGUCGAUUCGAUUUUUUCCGAACCUUUUGUUAUUUUUUUCUUCGCUGGCUUCAAAUUAUAUGUACCAUCUUAGCUGUUUUUUGAAAAUAAAAUAGAU